AUGAGCAGAGCAGCUUAUUUUGAAACGAACAAGCGAACUGUUAAGUCAAACAUCAUGCUUAAGUUUGUGACGAAAGAGAUGGAUAUCAAGCUUCUAGGUGAAGCCAAUUUCACAACUACUCUUGAAGAUCCAAUCAAACUCUUGAAACGUAUUGAACGAUUCAUGAAGAAGAGUGCUGAUGCGGAGUAUGACUUCUUAGAUUUCUGAACAGCUCCUUUGAUGCUGGAUCUUCAGAUGAACUAUUGCAGGGAAGUGGAUUAUUAUCCAAAGACGGUCAGCAAAGCACAAGAUAUGUUGAAGAUUCACAUGGAUGUGAUUAAGAAUCCGGGAGUGAACCUCUACCAAGGAAAAGACCAGCCAAAUAAAGGUAAAGGUGAAGGCGAAGGUAAAGGUAAACCAAAGGCUGGAAAGAAGAAGGCAGCAUGUCAUGUAUGUGGCAGCGAGGACCAUAUGUCUCCAAAAUGCCCAGACAGACUGCUACCAGCGAUUCAAUGGAAAAAGCUGGAUCAAUAUGUUGAUUACGGAAAGAAGCUCAAUCUUAAUCAGAUUGGAGCAACAGUCAAGGUUACAGUCCCAGCUACAGUUCCAGCUACAGUUCCUGGAGCUUCUCCAGUGACAAGUAUUAUCACAAGUGGAGGAUCGAGUGUUGCGGGAAGCGUUAACACACCUUUGCGACUUGCUGGUACUACAGGUAAUCAAAUGAUGCAAGUUCCUGCGGGAAUGCAGCUCAUGCAGAUUCCAACUCAAGGUGGCGGCGCUGUGACUGUCCCUUACUCAAUGAAUGCUAAUGGUGAGAUUGCGUUCAGUGGAAUGCAACUCAGCCAACAAGGCUUCAGUGGUGCUCAAGUGCGCCAAGGAUUUGAUGCAACUCAAGCUUGA